UGCAGUUUGGUAACUACUAUGAAAGUUUUAUUGUAAAUAUGAAAGGCCAACUUCUAAGAUACACCAAGACCCUCUCUCUUGUAACCAUGCUAGACCUCUCAGGGAAUAACUUGAGUGGAGAUCUUCCUAUAGAAAUGACAAACUUGUUGGGUUUGAUCGUUCUCAACUUGUCAAGAAACCAUUUCACUGGUCACAUUCCCAAAAGCAUUUCGAAGCUGAAGCAAUUGUCUUCUCUUGAUCUCUCAAGUAAUAGGUUCUCUGGUGCUAUUCCUCAAAGCUUGGGGUCACUCUCAUUCCUGGGGUAUCUGAAUCUGUCAAACAAUGAUUUGUCUGGUCCUAUUCCUUAUAAAGAUCAGAUGGUCACGUUUGAUGCAUCCUCUUUUGCUGGAAAUGUUGGCCUUUGUGGUGGUCCACUUGCUGUAAAAUGUCCAGGUGAUGACAAAAAUGGGAAACCGGAUAAGGAAUGGAUGACUCCCAUGGAUACUGGUAAUGGUGAGAGCUUCACUGAUAAGUGGUUUUAUUUGAGCAUUGGAUUGGGAUUUACAGCUGGAAUUGUUGUCUCGUAUUUGAUAACGGCAAUGAGAAAACCGUGGAGCGGAGCCUACUUUGAUGUUGUUGAUAAAGCUAUGGAUAGAAUACUAUAUCUGUGGUUGAAAUAUGUAACCAUAAAGUAG